UAAAAACGACAAAACUAAAAAAAUUCUCCCGCACACACAUACACAUAGAUAUUAUUGACAAAUCGAUCAAAAUGCAUUCGAGAUUUCCUACAAUCCACUCAUCCACUACAAUUAUGGGAUCGAAAAACAAUUACAAAAAUUUCUUUGAUAUUCAUGAACAUGUAAAUCUCCCGACGUCGGAAAUACCGCGUUAUGUAGCCGAAGAUGCUGUCCAUGUUGUUGUAGAGAAUGUUUUUGAAAAUGAUAAUUGCCACGCCAAAAGGAGCGAUAGCUUCUGUGAUUUUGAUGCAAAUGAGUUUGAUUCCGUAGAUCCAGCAACUGCGGAUCCUCGUCUGGUAAAUUGGCAACGUACAUUGCAAAGGCGUAAGAAAAUCCAGCAACGCAUUCAACGACACACCGGAAAGAGAGCCGAGGACGUACUCUUCAAUCGUCAGACCACUAUCGAUGAGAGGAACAAGCAAAUGCUUCUCCGUGUGCUUGACAAUGCCAAUCGUCAGAAUCCAACGAGAGUAAGAAACCUAAAGUCUGGCAUGUCAAAGCUAAAGCCUCGCUGUGAUCUGGAAAUGUGUCGUGAGAUCAACGAACUGGUGGCCACUAGGCCAAAGCCUCAGCAAUUGGAGAUUGUGGGAUUACCGGAAGUAACACAGAUGGAGCUGGCCAGCAAUAAGCCAGGCAAGGAGAGCAAAUGGGCAGCUUCUAACGCAUUGGAUGAACAUUUGAAGCAGAACGUAGACGAUAUUAAGCGCGUGUUAGAAUUUGCUCCAGACACGGAUAAACUUCAGGUAACUUCGACAUGGACUCGACCAACUGUUAAACGGAUGAAGAAAGCCUUUUGCUAUGAGGAAAAUUUAAAAGAAAUAUCAACGGAUACCGACAAUGACAAUGAACCUUAUACAGAGGAAAAAACACCAGAACCCGUACUUCAGCCAGAGACAUCAGAACAAUCAUCAGGGGUUGAUCUAACUAUGGGCGGUCUGAAGAUCAAUGGUUGUCUUUACAGUUUUCGGGAGUUGGUACCUCGUGCUUUUGCCGAAAUACAAGUAACCCUUCAAUGCGAUCCGCAUCAACGUGUGGUCAAGACAUUGCUGGAAAUAGAGAAUUUGGGGCCCAAGGUGCUAUGCGGUAUGUGGCAAUUGAGAAGAAUGAGGGCCCAAAAGGGUUCCGUGAUCGACACCAAUCUGGAAAGCUUUGAGUUCAUCUUUGACAAUCGUAACUUUUCACUGGAAGCGGGUGAAAUUCGCCACAUAGACGUCAUGUUUAGACCCCAGUGUGUCGGCCUAUUCAAGCAGUCGUGGUGUCUAUAUCUCUCACAGUCUCCAUUCUGUGGGACUCGAUACCUAAUCAUACGUGUUCAGGGGCUAUGCACUAUGCCUGUGGUUUACAGAAUGCGACUGGAUGACCAUUUACGACAUCCAAUCCAGAGUUAUGAAAAUCAAAUGGCAACGAAAGUUUCCCUUCAGCAGGCCGAUAUGGCUAUUACACUAGCUGAAAUGAAGAAUUCUGGACCACAAUGUCCUUAUAAUCGAACAUUGAAUGAACUGGAGAUAUUCAAUGCGCAAAAUCCCUCAUAUAGAUGCGAGCGCUAUGGCGAUUUGGAAUCUCUCAAGGAGCUUUAUGACCUAAUGAAGAAACCUCGUCAACCGAAUUGGGAUUUUCAAAUCGAAACUCUGCAGAAACUUAUAAUGUGCCAAGAGGGCUUGAUUCAAAGGCAAACACUGCAGAAUCGUUUUAUCGAGCUGCUAGAGCCAAUGAAAACAGGGCAACAGGCGGAAGUUCACACUUUAGAGUUCAGCAGAGAAAAGGAUCGUACUUGUUUAAUUUAUGUGACUGGUGGAAUAAAAAACACCAUAGAUGAGUGGGAGAAUAUGGCCAUGGGAUUGGAACAGCAGUUCUUCAAGAAUGAAUAUCAGCGGCAGUUGGUCAAACAGCGAAAGCCAGAAACAGAUGAGUUGAUGGAAGAAGUUGCCCCAAGCUUAUCCAAUGAAUCGACAAAGGAUGUUGAUACAGAGAAGGUGCUAAAAAAAGUCAAAGGAAGCAAAUACUUUAGGGAUGCUCUUUAUAUGCAGACAUAUGAUCUACUUUGCCAUGCUGCUGAGAAUCUUGUUUCUAUUAUAGAGAGCACUGGUCAUGGCUAAGUGUCUCACAUUAUUUGAAAUAUCUGUCAAUAUAUAUAUAUGGUUACAAUAUAUAAAUAUAUAAAUAUA